GACUUUGACAUUAUGAUAUAGAAAUAGAAGAAUUUAUAGGUUACGCAUAAUUUGGUUUUUAUUGUUGAAAAGAUUUAUUAAUUUAAUAUAAACAUAAAAUAAUGGAUAUGCUACAGAAAACUGUCAAGGAAGAAAUUAAUAUUCAAAAUGAUUUUGUUUGGAAUAUGGAUAUUAAACAAGAAUUUACUGACGAAACGCACAAGGAAGAUUUUAAAGAUGUACACACCAGUAGUAUGCAUCCUAUUAAACAAGAAAUAAAUGAUGAGUUUAACACAAUUAAAACGUUAGGAGUAUCAAUGGUUGCAACUAAAUCCGAGCACAGUUUUCUUGAGGUUAAGAUACCAAUUAUUCCAAACAAAGUCAAAUAUCUUGGAAAGAGAAUUAAAUCAAAAGAUAGAAUGGAUAUCGAGCAAUUAGUUAUUAAGGACGAAAUCGAAAUUCACGAUGAUUUUAAUUGGAAUACGAAUAUUAAACAAGAAUUGAGUGAUUACAACUUAAGUUCAGCUCUACAAAAUAUUGAUACGAUUAGUAUGCAUCCUGUUAAACAAGAAAUAAGUGACGAUCUAAACACAGAUCAAGUAGUUGAAGAAUCUAUGGCCGCCGCAAAAAUAGAGGAAAACUGUAUUAAUAUGGUUGAUAAACCCAAUUUUCCAAAAAAAUUAGAGUAUUUUAGAAUAAAAACUGGAAAACGAAUUGAAUCACAAGUGUUGUUAAAAAAUGGAAAACGUCUGAAUCUGAAUACCAUUGGUGGGAUUAUAUUCUGUGAGUUGUGUGGAAAUUUGUACACGAAACAAAUUGAAUUCCUUUGGCACUUUUCUAUAAGACAUUGUAUGAAAUUGAAAUUUUAUCAGAAAAAUAACUGUUGUCAGAAAAGGCCAACAACAGAAUCUGCCCUUAACAGAAAUUUUGACAAGAAUAUGAAAAAUGAAAUUGAAAUAAUUGAAGAUGGUGGGAAAAAAGAAGAAGGUAUUGGAUUUGCUGAUAAUUUCAAGUUAACAUUAGAAGAAAUCCAGAAAUUGGAAAGAAGUUAUAUAAAUAGGUAUUUGUCUGCUCGCGAUGGAAAAAAGGCUUUCAAAUAUGGCAUUUGUUCAAAAACUUUUUCACAGAAAAGUAAUUUGAGUACACAUUUGCGUACUCAUACAGGAGAAAAGCCAUUCAAAUGUGAAAUAUGUUUGAAACGUUUUUCACAGAUAGGUAGUUUGGGAACACAUUUGCAGAAUCAUACAGGAGAAAAACCAUUCAAAUGUGACAUUUGUUUAAAAGCUUUUUCACACAAAUACAAGAUGAAAAUUCAUUCGCGCAUACAUACAGGGGAAAAGAAAUUUAAAUGUGAGAUUUGUUCAAAAACUUUUUCAUAUAAAAUUAGUUUAAAUUCACAUAUGCAUAAUCACACAGGUGAAACACCAUUCAAAUGUGACAUUUGUUCGAAAAACUUUUCACAGAAAUGCAGUAUGAUAAAACAUUUGCUGCUUCAUACAGGAGAAAAACCAUACAAAUGUGACAUUUGUUCGAAAAGCUUUUCACAGAAAUGGAGUAUGAAAAGACAUUUGCUGCUUCAUACAGGAGAAAAUCCAUUCAAGUGUGAAAUUUGUUUAAAAGUUUUUUCACACCAGUAUAAGGUAAAAAUACAUUCGCGCAUACAUACAGGAGAAAAGAAAUUUAAAUGUGAGAUUUGUUUAAAAACUUUUUUGCAAAAAAGUAAUUUGAAAUCACAUUUGCUUAGGCACACUGGCGAAAAGCCAUUCAAGUGCGAAAUUUGUUUAAAAACAUUUUCACUGAAAGGUAAUUUGAAUACACAUUUGCUAAAUCACUCAGAAGUAAAACCAUUCAAGUGUGAAAUUUGUUUAAAAACUUUUUCACGGAAAAUUGAUUUGAAGACACAUCUGCGUAGUCAUACAAGAGAAAAACCAUUCAAGUGCGAAAUUUGCUCAAAAGCUUUUUCACAGAACAGUCAUAUGAUUGAUCAUUUACGUAGUCAUACAGGAGAAAAACCAUUCAAAUGUGACAUUUGUUUAAAAGCUUUUUCACACAAAUAUAAGAUGAAAAUUCAUUCACGCAUACAUACAGGGGAAAAGAAAUUUAAAUGUGAGAUUUGUUCAAAAACUUUUUCAUAUAAAAUUAGUUUAAAUUCACAUAUGCAUAAUCACACAGGUGAAACACCAUUUAAAUGUGACAUUUGUUCGAAAAACUUUUCACAGAAAUGCAGUAUGGAAAAACAUUUGCUGCUUCAUACAGGAGAAAAGCCAUACAAAUGUGACAUUUGUUCGAAAAGCUUUUCACAGAAAUGCAGUAUGAAAAGACAUUUGCUGCUUCAUACAGGAGAAAAGCCGUUUAAAUGUAGCAUUUGUAUGAAAACUUUCUCACUAAAAUUUCAUUUCAAUACACAUUUGCGCAGCCACUUAGGAGAAAAGCCUUUCAAAUGUGACAUUUGUUCGAAAACCUUUUCACAGAAAACUAAUUUGAGUACACAUUUGCGUACUCAUACAGGAGAAAAGCCAUUCAAAUGUGAAAUAUGUUUGAAAAGUUUUUCACAGAAAACUAAUUUGAAAACACAUUUACGUAUUCACACAGGUGAAAAAGCAUUAAAUGUUGAAUUUGUUUAAAUACAUACCUUUGCAUUCAAACCAAAGUAAAAAAUUAGCACCUGAAGCAGAAACACUGUGACAAACUCAAUGAUGAAUGUAAUUUAAUAAGUUACCAACAACAGAAACACAUACUUGAAAAAGGAUAGAAUUGACUGUAAUGUGAAAAUGCGUCUAUUACUGUUAAAUGAGGAUUAUUCGAUAUUUUAAGAACAUUGAUGUUCAUGAUCAAAUGGUUCAUUGACUGCUUAGUGGAGCACCUGGAGUGUCAACAUCAUACAAACCUCGAACUUCCGUUGCAGUUAAUGGAAAAAAAAUGGAAUGUUCAGCUAAUAAAUAAAAAAGUUUCCCUAUUGAAAA